AUGGGAGCAAUGUUAGCACAACAUCAAGAAGAUGGCAAGAUAGAACAUGCUAUAUACUACCUGAGCAAGAAAUUUGUGGACUAUGAGACUAGAUAUACACCACUAGAGAAAGUCUGCACGGCUUUGAUUUGGGCCACAAGGCGGUUAAGGCAUUGCAUGAUAGCCCACCAAGUGUUUCAGAUCUCGAGGAUGGAUCUAAUUAAGUACAUAUUCAAGAAAUUCACAUUGACAGGAAGAUUAGCACGACUGCUCUUAUUAUCAGAGUUUGAUAUCAAACAUGUGACACAGAAAUCAAUCAAAGGAGGAGCAAUCAUUGAUCAUUUAUCAGCACAUCCAACCCUUGAAACUAGACCAUUGGAAAAUGUAUUUCUCGACGAGGACAUUGUACAAUUGGAACCUGAAGAAGUUGAUACGAUCUGGAAAUUGCUAUUUGACGGAGCAGCCAAUUACAAGGGUUGUGGAGCUGGCAUACUAUUAAUCACUCCUGAUGGAACCCAUAUGCCCUGGGCAUUUAAUCUAGACUUUGAAUGUUCCACCAACAUGGCUGAAUAUGAAGCUUGCGCCAUAGGACUUGAGGCCGCCAUAUCAAUAGGGCUCAAGAGACUAGAAGUCUAUGGGGAUUAUUCCUUGGUCAUAUGCCAAAUGCAAGGAAAAUGGAAAAUUAAGGACGAAAAGUUGAUUGCCUGUCAAGAGCAAGUUAAAAUACUAUCUAGGAAAUUUGAAGAAAUCACUUUCUCCUACCUGCCAAGAGACAGCAAUCCGUUCGCCGAUGCACUAGUAACUUUGGCAUCCAUGGUUGAGAUGGAAUCCAAAACAGAAGUACAUCCAUUCUCGAUUAAACUAAGACAUCAACUGGCAUAUAUCAAUCACAUCCAUGCCUUGACGGUUGAUGGAAGACCAUGGUAG